UCCCCUUUCCCUGCUCUGUCUUGGAGCAGUGGGGCCAUCAGACCCUCCUACUGUCUGGUACCUGCCUGGAGGAGAGACCAUCUCUCCUCAACGCCCUCCACCAUGGACACUUCUUUCAAUGACUCCAGGCCAGUGGAGAACUGCGAGAGUCGUCAGUAUCUCCUUUCGGACGAAAGCCCAGCCAUCAGCUCGGUGAUGUUCACGGCCGGGGUUCUGGGAAACCUCAUCGCGCUGGCACUGUUGGCGCGCCGCUGGCGUGGGGACACGGGGUGUAGCGCCGGCAGCAGGACCUCUAUCUCCUUGUUCCACGUGCUGGUAACGGAACUGGUGCUCACCGACCUGCUGGGGACCUGCCUCAUAAGCCCGGUGGUGCUGGCUUCUUAUUCGAGAAACCAGACCCUAGUAGCCCUGGCUCCCGAAAGCCGCGCGUGUACCUAUUUCGCUUUCACUAUGACCUUCUUUAGUCUGGCCACGAUGCUCAUGCUCUUCGCCAUGGCCCUGGAACGCUACCUCUCCAUCGGACACCCUUACUUCUACAGGCGCCGCGUCUCGCGCCGCGGGGGUUUGGCGGUGCUGCCUGCCAUCUAUGGGGUCUCCUUGCUCUUCUGUUCUCUGCCGCUGCUCAACUACGGGGAGUACGUCCAGUACUGUCCUGGGACGUGGUGCUUUAUCCAGCACGGGAGGACCGCAUACCUUCAGCUGUACGCCACGGUGCUCCUGCUGCUCAUCGUGGCUGUGCUCGGCUGCAACAUCAGUGUGAUCCUCAACCUUAUUCGCAUGCAGCUUCGGAGCAAAAGAAGCCGCUGCGGAUUGUCUGGCAGUAGCCUGAGAGGCCCCGGGUCUCGCCGGAGAGGAGAAAGGACUUCGAUGGCGGAGGAGACGGACCACCUCAUUCUCCUGGCCAUUAUGACCAUCACCUUCGCCGUAUGCUCCCUGCCUUUCACAAUCUUUGCUUAUAUGGAUGAAACCUCUUCCCGAAAGGAAAAGUGGGACCUCCGAGCUCUUAGAUUUUUAUCCGUGAACUCCAUAAUUGAUCCUUGGGUCUUUGUCAUCCUUAGACCACCAGUCCUGAGACUAAUGCGCUCAGUCCUCUGUUGUCGGACUUCACUGAGAGCACCGGAAGCUCCAGCUUCCUGUUCUACCCAGCAGACGGACCUCUGUGGACAGUUGUGAGCAUGCGCUGCUUGAGGGAACCUGGGCCAAAGCCUUUAAAUGGCCUCGUUGGAGGAACGUAAAGGACUGGAAUGUAAACAAAUGGCCUUGCUCUGAGAAAGCAGAUGCAGAAGACUUUAACGAGGCGGUUGGGGCUGCACAUGUGAUGACGGGGCCCUUUGUGGAAAGUGUCAGAGGAUGCAUAAAGUUCACAUCGGGUGGCCUUUGAGGGACAACCAGCUGCAUCCAAGACCCAGUUGAUUUAAGCUUUCCUGCCGGGUGACAAAGCGUGUGGUUUCGUAAUUUGUUUUAAAACGCUCCGUGGUUACUGCCUCCUGUUCUAAUGUCGAUGCACUGCCAUUAUAAACGCAGUCAGACCAAAUGGAACUCAUUCUCUAGGAAGUCAGUUCGUGCAAGCGGUGGAGCAACCAGAGCAGACAAGUUGCUGUCUCGUGGUUGCUUAAUGGACUCUUUAUUUGGAUCAUGAAGUGGAAAGUCAUUGGCCCCAUUUUACUGUGCGUGUUCAUGUGGGAGUCCUCACAGGUCACUACUGUGUCACCCUUGAAAGGGUGCACUGAUUUGGUUAAUGGCCAGUUUGGUUCACCCAUUCUCUACGAGCUCUGUCAUGUUGUCAGGUUAUUUAUUCUGUAUUGUCUAUUGUGAGGAGGCUACUGAAGAAAACUCCAGAAAUUUGUAUCUCACAAAGAAGUAAUUAAAAAAUAUCAAUUUUAA